GCCGCAGGGGGUUGUCCGCCCGCGGCACGCACAGCAGCCGCAGCCGCCUCGCGCCUGGUCCCGCGGUCGCAGCUCAAGCCGCAGCCUCCGCGCCGCCGCCGUCGCCGUCGCCUUAGCCGCUCGCUUCGUGGGUCGGUCUCUCCGGCACACGGGCUCCAGCCGCGCCGUAGCUGCCCUCCGAGCCCUUCAGGCCGCCCCGGUCUCCUCACCCGGCCCGAUCCAGCCCUCGAAGAUGGUGGACCGCGAGCAACUGGUGCAGAAAGCCCGGCUGGCCGAGCAGGCGGAGCGCUACGACGACAUGGCCGCGGCCAUGAAGAACGUGACAGAGCUGAACGAGCCACUGUCCAACGAAGAAAGAAACCUCCUGUCCGUGGCCUACAAGAACGUAGUCGGGGCCCGCCGCUCUUCCUGGAGGGUCAUUAGUAGCAUUGAGCAGAAGACCUCUGCAGAUGGCAAUGAGAAGAAGAUAGAGAUGGUCCGUGCUUACCGCGAAAAGAUCGAGAAGGAGUUGGAAGCGGUGUGUCAGGAUGUGCUGAGCCUGCUGGAUAACUACCUGAUCAAGAAUUGCAGUGAGACCCAGUACGAGAGCAAAGUGUUCUACCUGAAGAUGAAAGGGGACUAUUACCGCUACCUGGCUGAAGUGGCCACUGGAGAGAAGAGGGCGACUGUCGUGGAGUCCUCCGAGAAGGCCUACAGUGAGGCCCACGAGAUCAGCAAGGAGCACAUGCAGCCUACUCACCCCAUCCGAUUAGGCCUGGCUCUUAACUACUCCGUUUUCUACUACGAGAUCCAGAAUGCGCCGGAGCAGGCGUGCCACUUGGCCAAGACCGCUUUCGACGACGCCAUCGCCGAGCUCGACACUCUGAACGAGGACUCCUACAAGGACUCCACUCUCAUCAUGCAGCUGCUCCGCGACAACCUAACGCUCUGGACGAGCGACCAGCAAGAUGACGACGGCGGAGAAGGCAACAACUAAGGCCCCCAGGUGGACUGGCAGCGCACGCUGAUGCUCCUACCGCAGUCUUUAUUUUUUUCCCAUGAGUGGGGGGUCGGGUGGGGGAGGGGAAGGGAGGGACGACCUUCCCAGGGAGAAGCCCACGACCUGUCCUGUCUUUGAUCGCCUCUUUGACGUUUUUGCCAAAACACCACUAGUGGAAAGUCAGGUUAGCUGUGCUGGUAUUGGAAUAGCAGCCUCACACUGGCAUACGGACUGUUCUGUAGAUGAACGCAGGUGGAGCUGUCUGUCUUGAGUCUAACUUAUUGCCAGAGUAGGGUUUGGAGUCCAAAAGAAAACUGAAAAAUGGAAUGGCCCUCAUUCAGGAAGUUCUGUGGUUCCAGUAAGGAUUUGUAUGUACAUACGCUCUUAAUCUUAAGUUCUGGGUACUUCCUAGCUCAUCUGUUUUUAGUCGUGCAUUUUCGUUUUGUUCUGUUGUGUUUUUUUUCAGGGUGCACUCGACCAGCCAGGGAAUAGUUUAAAUCCCAAACUGACAGACUUGGGACAGAAGGUAUAUUUAUCCUUGUGGUUUUAGGCCUUGCCAGUUUUCUGAAGUCUCCGAUUAGUUGACAGUAUUAACACUAAAUUGCAGUUUACAGUAUUUCUACAUGACAGCCAUAUGUAACAUCAAGCCAUCGAGUGUGCAUUUUUCUUUGCUGGUUCUUUUGGCUUUCCAUCCUUAGUCAGCCUUUACCCAGGUUGGUGUUGCUGUUCCCUGUCUCCUAGGCCAAAAAGGCUUGCCUGAGGAGAAUCCGAGCUACUUUAGGUUUUGGUUAAUAGGUGCUUGGCAGGUGGCUGUGGGAUUUUUGUCUUUCUUUCCUCUUAACUUCAAUCCGCCACAAAAAUGGAUUACUCGCUUUAAUAGAAACGUUACACACCACAAAAAUAGAGAAAAUUCAGGUCUGUAUGUCAUUUAUUGUGUUGAUAUUUUCAGAGAACUCCUGAUUUUUAAGCUGCCACAGCUCCUUCCUCAGGGAUCAUGCUGCCAUUUCACUCUUCACUUGAGUGCUCCCCACUGUACCUUCUGCUGGCGGCGCCCAGGGGGUGGAGACGCUGUGGGGCUGCAAAGGCUGGGCCGUCCUCCUGAGAAAGUCUGCGGUGCAGUGUGUGAAAAUUCAGGUGCUAGAAGCUUACUGGUAGAAAAAUCCAGAAGGAAGAGCUCUUCUAGUCAUACACAUUCUGUCCAAUGGCGGGAGCCUCCGUAAGCAUGUCAGUCUUUUCCUCCCCGAAAACACUCCUUCCCCGAGUAAUUGUUGUAGGAAGAUGAACUAAAAUCAUCCUCGGAUAAUAAAUAACUCCUAUUUGACCAAAACUUUUUCUAUAUAUCUACAUUUUUUUCUUUUUAACGAAAGCAUCGAAGCUGGAGAGUCCUUUUCUCUCGCGCGUGGUCGACGCAUGAUUUGGAAUUGAAGGGAAACAACCUUGCUGUUUUCCACAAAUUUGUUCUCAGUUAGCCUUCGGUCCUUCAUUUCUCAUUUUGGAAAAAAUCUGUCUGAAAACGCGAACCGUUGAGUAUGUGUUCAGUCUUUUUUAGAAGAUCAGUAACAGUGUGAACUCCCGAGACAGGUAAUGACGCCAGAAUUGUUUUGUCUGUUUCUUUGUUUUAUUUAGUCAAGGAGAGGUAUGAGUAAUAAUUGAGGAAGCACUGACCGUUGCUUUUGCUGUUACCAAAAUUGAACUUACGGUUAGGAAAUGGAUAUGUGUGACAGGAUCCAGGUGACCGUGAAGACCAGAAGUACGACGAAUUGAUGCUCUGUGGCAUCGCAUAGUUUAUACAGCGUGACUUUCCUUAGAAGGUUCCCUCCAUACGCUAGAGCAGAAGUCCCAAUUAACUGAACCCUAGCAGUAAACUCCUAGAAGAGAGCUGUACAGCUUUUGUGCCAUCACUGGGGCCUAAAGUCAAUGCCAUGGAUGGGAAAAGAUUGGGGGUGGGGGGAGGGGGUAGGUGGGGCUUUUCCUUAACUUAUCUUCAUGUCCAGUGAGCAGUGUUGUGUCCUUUCUUGUAGCAUUUGGAAAUGAUUUACUGGAAUUACAAAACCUAUUUUUUCUUUCAAAUUUCAGCUUUGGCUCUGGCUGCUUUUUAGAAUAAUGCAAGAUAAAAUUAUACCCGAGGGCUAAAAAUGAAGAGGGGAUGGGAGACUUGAUAUUUAAGCAGCUUGAAUGGUUUCUUUUCUUUUCUUUAUUUUUAAAGAAAUGCACUUGCCUCUGAUACUGUCUCUCCAGUGAAAUGAUUACUCCUCCAUUACUCUAUUGAUACAAUAUUGUGCAUGCUAGUGUUGUAUUUCUAUACAGUAGCUUGAAAUUUAUUAACUUAUACUGUAGGUGUUAUGUAUUCCUAUGACAAAAAAAUUAAGUCUUCAAAUUUUUUAAAGUUUUUUUAAUUUAAUUUUUCCUUUUGGGGGUACAGUUUGCUCUACCAAAUAGUGAUCGUAACAAAUUGAUCUGUUUUGGAUGUUGCUAUAGUGACAUGCAGUUAUAUAUUUUGUUUUUAAGGGUGGGGGGGAAGCAAAAGAAACACCAGUGUUAGCUUAAUCUUAAUGUCUGGUGUUUGUCAUGGUGAAAUUAUAACUAUUACAGUGUAGGAGAACAAUGAAGAUGUUCUCUGAAUGAGCCUCUGUGCUUUUUUGUCAUGUUAUGCAGUGAACUAUUUUUAAGGUCUAAUCAGUGAUUAUUUUUCCAACUCCGUGUUUCUCUAAGGAAUUCUUUCACACACGGACCAUUCUUAGCAGUUUUCCUCAGUGAUGGAAUAUCAUGAAUGUGAGUCAUUAUGUAGCUGUCGUACAUUGAGCAAAUAAACUUACAGAUCUGA